CGGAAACAGGAAGCGGGAAGAGGACGGAGUCUUUGGGGAUGCCUGGGACGGGGCCGGAACCGGAACCCCACAAGCUGACCCUGCAGGACAGCCCCAGAUGGCACCGGUGAAGAUCAGCCACAUCGUGUCCUUCUCCUCCCAGGACCCCCGGUACCCAGUGGAGAACCUCCUGUCCCCCGAUGGCCGUCGGCCCUGGCUCAGCUGCCCCCAGGAGCGCAGCCGGCAGCUUAAGGUGGAGCUACAGCUGGAGAGAGCCGUCCCCAUCGGCUACAUCGAUGUUGGGAACUGGGGCUGCGCCUUCCUGCAGAUCGAGGUGGGUCGCUCCUCGUGGCCUCUUGACCGCCCCUACCUCACCCUGGUCCCCAGCGUCACGCUGAUGACACCGGCCGACUCCAAGCUGGAUCGCAACCGCUGCGGCGUCCGCAUGUUUAAAGAAGCAGAUUUCCUGGAGCUGGCAGUGGGGCAGAAGUGGGACCGCCUGCGGCUCACCUGCAGCCAACCCUUCCGUCACCGCGGGCAGUUUGGGCUCUGCUUCAUCCGCGUGCGCACACUGCUGGAGCCCGAGCUGUGCCACCCCGCAGCGGAGGACGCUGAGCUCAUGGGCAGCCCCCAGCGCUCCAACCCUGCCUCCUUGUGCCGGAUUCCCUCUGCAGAAGCGCGCCUGAGCUCCCAGGAGGAGGAGCAGCUGAAGAGCAGCUUGCAGCAGCUGGAGCCCAGUGCUGCAUCCCAUGCCUGGAGCCCAGCACGUCUCAGCCGCCCGGCACGCAUGGUGCUGUCAGCAGCGCAGAGCCGUGCCGUGAGGCCUCCACCCCGAAUUAUUGCCAGCCACCCGGGGAGCAGCGCAGAGCAGGGACAGCCUGCAGCACGGGGUGCAGCAUUGAAAGUCCCAGCAGCCCCCAAGCGCACCCGCAGGCAGUCGGGCAGCAGGCAGAGAGCUGGCAGAGCUGUGGGCAGGUCCCCUCAGCCUCUCACCAGGAAUCCUGGGCCAGGAAAGAGAGCAAGAAUGCAGGGCUGCAAUGCGAGCAGAGGGGAGAGAAGCGGGGGGGAGAUGGCUCUGUGCCCUAUUUGCUCAGGUUCCUUCAGCACAGCGCUGCUCCCCGCUCACGCCUCCCGCUGCGGUGAGGAAGAAUCCGACCCCGAGGUGGAGCUGCUUUCCUCUGCCAGCAGCCCGGUGCUGUGCCCCAUCUGCGGGCUCUGCUUCAGCUCAGCAGAGGUGGAGCAGCACUGCAGCACCUGUGGGGAGUGAUGGACCCCUCCAACAAGCAAUGAUCUGCAGAGAGAGACUCGGCCCCACUGUGCUCUGGGGCUGUGGUUUGUGGUGCUCGUUCAAUUCUGCCCCACGUGGCACGAGCUCAGCGCAGGAGAGGAGGCAGCAGGGCCCAGGGGGCUGAAGGAAGAAGCCACGUUGCUGCUGCUCCCAUCACUGCACCACUCAGCAGUGUGAACUGGGACCAGUAAAUGUGAGCAUCUGACUACAAGGGGGGUUGAUCACCUCCCUCCCCGUGACACAGUGCGGGGUGUAGGGAACGUGGGGCUGAUGGUGGCCCUGCGGGUGGAGUUUUAGGGCAGGUUGCAGCUCCUGGAGGUGUGAGGAGUUGAGAGAGAGAAA